AUGCCUUCAAGAGUUUCUUUUGCCUUCCAAGAAGCACGUUCAAGACACAAGAACGGGCUGCAACAGCUCUCUCAAAUAACUCCAUUUAGAAAUGCAAUCUUUCAGCACCGCAUAGAAGCUGUGCCAUUUGAAAAUCCCAGCAUCCUUAGCAGGGAGACCAUUACCUUAGACUUAGAGCAAGUUUAUAAUAAAAUUGUGAAGAAAAGGCAUGGAGAACAGCCAACUUUCAUCUUAUGUGCUGAAAGACUAGGCUACAACCCAAUGAAUUUCUCCAACUCAGAUCUUCUAGAAAAAAGAAUACAGGAAUAUCCAUCUAUUGAGCCACAGACCAUUGAGGAGUUCCAAUUCCAGUCUAUCUGCAACCACCAAUCUACUGAUGGAUUUUAUAUGGAAUUUAAAACACAGGAUGACAAUGAUUGGGAGAAAAUUCUCAGAGAGAAAUUCAGUAUAAUUUUGGAGGGCAACCUUGUUCCCAUUAGUGUUAAAGGAUUAUAUACUAUCUGGCCUUCCAAUGAAUUCAAAACAUUCAACAGGAUUAACAGCUGA